AUGUUAAAGGAAAACUACACAGAAGUGACUGAGUUUAUCCUCCUGGGACUGACAGAUCGAGUUGAGUUGCAGCCUGUCCUUUUUGCGGUCUUCCUAGUCAUCUACCUGAUCACAGUCUUCGGCAAUGCGAGUAUGAUUUUGUUAAUCAGAACUGACUCAAAGCUUCAGACUCCAAUGUACUUCUUCCUCAGCCACCUCUCCUUUGUAGAUCUCUGUUAUGCCACCAAUGUCACGCCUCAGAUGCUGGUCAAUCUCUCAUCUGAGAGAAAAACUAUUUCUUUCCUUGGUUGCUUUAUACAGUUUGAUUUAUUCAUUUCCUUGGGGCUCACAGAUAGCUAUAUACUCACAGCAAUGGCUUAUGACCGCUACAUGGCCAUCUGCAAACCCUUGUUAUAUGGCAGCAAGAUGUCCUGAGGUGUCUGCCUCUCUCUCGUUGCUACAUCUUAUAUUUAUGGCUUUGCAAACGGUCUUGCACAGACCAUCCUGAUGCUCCGCCUCUCCUUCUGUGGACCCAAUGAAAUCAACCACUUUUACUGUGCGGACCCACCUCUCCUAGUCCUGGCCUGCUCAGACACUUAUGUCAAUGAGACUGCCAUGUUCGUGGUGGCUGGUUCCAACCUCAUGUGCUCUCUCACCAUCAUCCUCAUCUCUUACAUUGCCAUCUUUACAGCCAUUCUGCAAAUGCAUUCUCCAGAAGGGAGGCGCAAGGCAUUCUCCACCUGUGGGUCUCAUCUGACAGUUGUCACUAUGUUUUAUGGGACACUGUUCUGGAUGUAUCUGAGGCCACCUUCUGAGGCAUCCGUAGAACGGACCAAAAUUGCAGCUGUUUUUUAUGUCUUUCUGAGUCCUAUGUUUAACCCUUUGAUCUACAGCCUUCGGAACAAAGAUGUUAAAAGAGCAAUAAGGAGAGUAAUUCAAGAGAUUUUUUUUGUCAAAUUAGGUACACAUUUGGCCAGAGGUUUUUCACAAUGGAAGCAGUUACCUCCCUGUUGUGAUUUUAUAGCUUUGGCCAAGGCUGUAGCAAAGACAUUAGCCUGGUGCUCUGUUCCUCCUACUCCCGAGCAGGCUCUGAUAUAUUCAGCUGUAGAUGCACCCUGUCCCUUUAAUGGUCCCACUCAUUCCACAGCUACCCUCAAUCUUGCUAGAAAAUCAGUAUAUGGUUCAUUGGGGCCUUGCAUUAUUUUAACAAAGGAGGGCUGGGUGUGGCCAGUAGGUGCCACACGGCACCAUGCUCGUAAAAAGACCUGGAGGACUUGUUCUAUGAAGUUGCAACCAUUGAGAACCCUCCAGGACAGCUUGGGCAAUAGAUUCCCAAUCUAA